AUGGCAGAGGCGGCGCGAACAGUGCGCCACUAUGUCAGCGACGCUUUGCAGGAACGGCACCCGUACGACGCCCGAAAGGCAUUUGCCGGACGCCCAGAGCGCGACAGGGGACUUGUCUUGAGUGGGUUUCAACCGCACAGCACCGACGACUGGAUCAGAAGCCUCAGUGACCUCUCCGUGGGCGAUGCGCAGCGGGUGCAGGCGCUUCGUCACCUCAUUGCACACUCCGCCUCUCAAGAGGCAAAGAUCACACUCUUGCGAAAGGAAAUCGUGCCUAUCGUCGUGGCGGCGUUGAACAAUGGUCCGUCUGCGGACUUUGAAUGCCAGGCGUUUAGUUUAAUGCGGUCCCUCUGCGUGCUGUCGCAAGGUUGCUGCAGUGUUAUGGAAGGUGGUGGACUCGAAGCCGCGAUUCACGCCAUACAUGACUGCUCCAACCUAGAAGAGCGUGUAGAAGCACGGACGAUGGCAGCGAUGGUGCUAUACCAGAUCAGCUUCAACGCUGCGGGUGUACGAUGGUUGCUACAAACAGAGGCACCGCCUGGGUUUGAGUUGCUGGAUGCAGACACUGGCCCCUCUACACUCACCAUCAGUAAAGAUGACGUGAUUGCAACACUCGUGUUCAUUCACCAGCAGGUUGCAAAUACAUGUCCCAAAAUGAUGCUGUACGCUUCCACCGCACUUGCGCAGUUAACAGCGGUGACAGAAGGUAUUUUCACUGCAAUGAGCGGCAACGCAGUUUCCGUUGUAUCUUCCCUACUGCGUGAGUACGCGACCGACACCUACUGGUUGUCAGACGAAGAGACAAUGUGUAUUGUGACGCAGCUGCUCAUCGUUGUGUGGAACGUUGCCCUUGAGCAGACCGGUGUGGACCUCAUUGACAAACUAAACAUACCGGACGAUCUGUUUGCUCUUAUUGCUGUUGUAUACAAGCACCCCAUUGGCCUGUACGGUCCGCUGCUGCGCGCCCUGAGUGGGGCUCUGUCUGCGGUAUACAAACUGCUGUCGGUGAAGCAGCGGAGUCUGGAAGCACUCGAUGGCGAGCGCUCCCGCAUUCAGGUCCUGUAUGAGUUCCUUCGCUCCAUCAACAGUGUGGUGACGGUAGCGAGUCAGACAGAGCGAGAACCACACCCCGACGUGGUGGCAAUGUCGAAGAAUGUGGUCUUGUGCACACGUUUAGCCCUGGAGGUGAAGGCAGUACGUGACUUCACAGCCAAUUACCUAAAGGAGAUGUCCAGCAACGGAAAUACAGAGGCGUUCUACUUUAGGCGGCAGCUCUUCUACUCCACCAAGUGGGAGGUGGAGUUCCACGCCUUUGUUUAG